ACGAUCAAAACAGACUGGAGAAACAAGCUGUCUGAUAGUGCUGUCACUGACCUGAUUCGAAUCACGUUAGAGUGUGCAGAUAUCAAGUUGUUCAACCAAGAUCCAGCAAUACAUGUAUGGAACAAACGUUCUAUUAGAGGCCGACGUCCCAACCAAAAGAGGUGGAGAACACACAAAAAGUCACAAGAACCCCUGGUUGCUGGACCAGAUGAAGAUCUCUCUGUCAGUGAUGAUGCUGAUGCAUCUGAUUCUAGUGAUUCAGAUUGUGAUUCAGAUUCUCACACUGAGACUACGAGUGUCUCAGAUAAAGAUCAAAUUAGCAACAAUGACAUGCUUGAGUUAUUCAACACCGAUUCAGAUGAAAGUGAUUUUGAUGGAUUUUAA